AUGUUUCUGCAGUUUCUUUAUUUUAAAUGCUUGGGAAUUUUUGUUGAGGCAUAAUAUAUUUAGAAUUUUGUCACUUCUUAAAUUUCUAAUAACGAAGGUCAAUAUUUUAAUAUUAAUUUAGGAUGGACAGUCGUAAAUCCUUAUAAUGGAGCAACUAAUAAUAUUACUAAUUGUGGAGGAAACAUCAUUUUUGGAGGAUACCAAGUUUUUGGAUGCACUUCACCAGCAAUACCUUAAGUAACUUAGGUGUUGAAAUAUUUUAUUCUGCCACCUCAUUAUAAUUUACGUAUUAAUAUCAGAUACUGGAAGUUUUAAUAUUAUCUUAUAUUAAGAAUUGAUGAUUGGCCAACCUCCCAAUACUUUUAUAUAUUUGCAGAUUAAUGGGUCCAAAGUUGGUAUGNCAUACAGCCAAAAAUAAAAGGUUUAAUAAUUCAUUAUUAGAAAUAUAAAUGCAAUAUAUAAAAAUAUAAAUGUAACAUAUAGAAAUGA